AUGCCACUUCUUUACGGUGAAGGGGACAAGGCCUUCAUCAGACUUCAAGAAGAGAUAAUCCGACGCUCAGAUGAUCUGUCUAUUUUUUGCAAUUUCCAGGUAUUGAGUCACCUGGAGGUUAUCACGAUCGCAGUGGGCUAUAUGCCUCAGGGAUGGUAUCUUGGACCCUCUCAGAAGCCUUGGUCUCCAUCCAGAAUCCCUUCUCUGAGAUUACUGCAGUUCCCUGACCUCGAGAGAGACCAUGCGGAGAACAUGGUCUCAGUUGCUGUUCGAGAACUUAGUGGCCUCACUCCCAACAUCAACCAAUUGUUUCUCCGAGGUGUCUCCUUGCAGGCCCGAGUCGAAAACGUGCAAGAGGGCAUGAAUACUGGCGGUCGGGUGAUUUUAGACUGCAAUCACGACUCCAGCCUUCGCAGCGUACUUGGAUUAAGCAGAUAA